GGAAACCACAUGUGAUGACAAACGAAAAAUAAAUCCAAAUUCCGUUAUAAUUCCCAUAUUUUAUUUUAUUUUAUUUUUUUCUCUUUUCUUUCCACUUCAAUAUUUUUCCUUUCUCGUCCAAUAUGCUUAGAACUCUCAUUAGCCCCUCCAUUACUAGACCUUUGACUUCUAACAAGGUUGUUGCCAGAACUUUCUCUACUGCUUUUAUUCAAAGACAGGCUGUUGCAGGUACCACCGAUGAUAAAUCUUAUACCCAUAUCCUGACUGAGACCAAGGGAAAGGUUGGCUUAAUCACUUUGAACCGUCCCAAGGCAUUAAACGCCUUGUGUAGUGAUUUAUUCACCGAGUUGAAUCAAGCUCUCAAAUCCUAUGACAAUAAUGAUAACAUUGGUGCUGUUGUCAUUACUGGAUCCAAGAAGGCUUUUGCCGCCGGUGCCGAUAUUAAGGAAAUGAAGGACAAUACCUUUAUUGAUACUUACAAAAACAACUUUUUGGGUCAUUGGGCCGAGAUGAUUGAUAUCAAAAAGCCUAUCAUUGCCGCUGUCAAUGGUUAUGCUCUUGGUGGUGGUUGUGAGUUGGCUAUGAUGUGUGAUAUUAUUUACGCUGGUGAAAAGGCAGUCUUUGGUCAACCUGAAAUUAAGUUGGGUGUUAUUCCCGGUGCUGGUGGUACUCAGCGUCUUGUAAAGGCCGUUGGUAAGUCCAAGGCCAUGGAAAUGGUCUUGACUGGUAAUGUCAACUUAAAUGCUACUGAGGCUCUUAACUUGGGUCUUGUCAGCAAGGUUGUUCCUAUCGACGAUCUUGUAGAUGAGGCUGUAAAGACUGCCGGUGUUAUUGCCUCUAUGAGUCAACCAUCCGUUCAAAUGGCCAAAGAAGCUAUCAAUAAGUCCUUUGAGGUCCCCCUUAAUGCUGGUCUCCGUUGGGAACGUAUCUUCUUCCAAACCCUCUUUGGAACUGCUGACCAAAAGGAAGGUAUGAACGCUUUUGCUGAAAAGAGAGCUGCCACUUUUACCAACAAAUAAAUAUAUAUGUCCUCUUUCAAUCAUGUAAUAUAUAUUUCAAUAAACCAUGUUUUAAACAUUCCAAUAACUCACACACGCAAUUGGAAAA